CCUCCCUUCUCUGCAAUGGCCUCAACCAUUUAAAGACUAUUUGCUCAUCGUUUUGAGGCUUUUUCUUACUCUUUCAAGCACCAUGGCUCAAUCUGCACUAUUUUCGAGUGGAAUGGAGCUUGCACCUCUUGUGAUGAGCACUGGUCUUCUUCGCAGAUCAUGGGAUGCUAUUUCAUCUCGUUAUGAAGGCAUCGUUUCAAACAAGGGAGAAGGACUAUCAUGGAAAGUUUACAAGGAUUUUGAUUCAGAUUUUAUGGUUAUAGCCUUUGAGGCAACAUCAGAUUCUUUCAAUCUUCAAGCGGAUUUGACUCCAUCUUCUGCUCUAAGAGAGGAGAAUUUCCUUCACUUUGAUUUUCUGUGUACCAAAGCCAACCCAGUUUUCUCUAUCAACAGCACUGCAUUUUCACUCUUCUAUAGAAACCAUCAUAGGCUUGAUGAGUGGAAGAAAUCUGAUUUUGAGUUGAAUAGUGCCACUCCAUUGAUUGUUACCGGACAUGGUCUUGGAGGAUCAAUUGCUUCUCUCUUCACUAUAUCACUAUUAGAUGGCAUGCGGUCAGUAAAGAAUCGCCCACUCUGCAUCACCUAUGGUUCACCCCUCAUUGGUGACAAGCAGUUGCAACAAGCCAUAUCACGUAGUCCUAUUUGGAAUUCUUGCUUUCUACACGUUGUGUCAAUCAAAGACCCACUUCCAAGGCUCUUCAUCACAAACCAUAGCUCUUCAGCUGCAGCAUUGAGUCCUAAAACCAGCACCUACAUGCCUUUUGGAACAUAUCUAUUGUGUUCUAAUGUAUAUUCUGCUUGUUUUGACAACCGUGAUUCUAUUUUGGAACUUCUCAUAGCAUUGGGCUCAAUCUAUGGUCAGAAUCAAGGAUUUCUAUUUACUGAGUACGAAAAUAUAGUAGAAAAUCUCACUCAUAAAGCAAUUUGCAAAGACCUAACUACUGUGGAUGAAAACGAGCCUCUUCCAAAAUCGGAUUCAGUGCUUGCAAGUAGUAUCAGUUUACAGUUGCGGGCAUUAGAAUUGACACCACAUAUGCAGAAGCAACAAAACGACAUUGAUAUCAAUAAUCUGGAAAUAAUUAUGAAAAGACUGGAAGAAAAAUCCGUCAUACAGAGGAGGGUUAAAUUUAACCCGUCCAAGAAAUUGAAUAAUAUGAAGACAACUAUGGCCCAACUUGAAUGGUACAAGAAGGACGCCAAAAAGCGGGAAAUAGGGUACUAUGACAGCUACAAGAACAUGGAGUCAUUAGUGGAUGGCGAUGUUGUUGCAUUCCAUAAACAACUCAGAAUUUACUGGGAAAAUAUGGUGGAAGAAGCAAAUAUAAAGCCUCAGAAAGGAGGUGCAGCCUUUCGUAAGAGCUGGCUCUAUGCUGGGACUAGUUACAGGAGAAUGGUUGAACCUCUAACUAUUGCUGAGUACUAUAAACAAGGUGGAAAAGACUAUAUGACUAAUAGACCUAAACACUUUGUACUCUUGGAGGAGUGGUUUAGGAGUGAGACAACAAAAGACAAAACAAGUAAUGUAGAAGCUAUUUCAAGAAUACAAGAUUCUCAAUUUUGGGCAUUUGUUGAAAAGGCCCUGCUUUCUCGCCAACACUCCAUGGUUUCCCAAGACGUGGAAGAUAACUGGGACAUGUUAUCUUGUGCGGAGAAUGAAGAACCUAUUCCAACAAUGUGUCCUAGCUUUUGGGCACGUGUUGACCACCUUCUUCUUUCAAGCAAAGAGUUGAACCUUGUUGAAGAGAAUGAAAAUGGAACAAAUAAGAACAUUGAUGAAGAUUAUUCAUGCUUUGAGGCACAUGUUGAUGUGGCUCUCCUUUCCCGACAAGGGUCAAUGGUUGUCAAAGAGAAUGGAAAGUAUGUAAAUAGGUUUGGUGCACGUGUUGACGAGGCCCUCCUUUCCCGCCAAGAAUCUAUGGUUUUCAGAGAGAACCUGAAGAGAAAUAGAAAGAUAAAUGUGGAACUUAUUUUAACAACUGAUUCUUGCUUUUGGGCACAUGUUGAAGAGGCUCUCCUUGCAUGCGAAGAGUUGAAGGUUGUCCAAGAGCCAGAAAUACUGAUGAAAUUGAUUGAGUUUGAGGAUUAUGUCUAUGGGUUGCUCCAGAAUUAUGAAGUGUCUCCAGAUAUUUUCUUGAAGCAAAGCAGCUAUAUGAGGUGGUGGAAUGAGUAUAAGGCGAUUAAGGGAAGUUCAUAUAAUUCAGAACUCACAAGCUUCAUGAACGAUCCUAGUAAGCGUGUGCGGUAUGCUUUGGGUGCUUAUCAUUUCCCUGAUUCCCCUGAACUGUAAUAACCCUCCAAGAAUCACUGUUCCGUAAAUUUAUAAGCAAACUUGCUGUAUUUGGAAGUCUAUUUUUUAUCUGUUAUUUUUUCUUCACAGCUGUUUAUUACAGUUUGACAGAUACGACAGUUCUUGUUUAGAAUUUCUAAAGCAGAAGAGAAAGAGUUUAGUAACCAUCUAAAAUUUUCUUAGGCUUGUCUUUGUAAGUUCUUUUAAUUUGAUGGAUUUUUUAUUAACUUUUAUUUCUCCUU